UCUCCCAACCCCGCGUUGACGGCGAGAAUUUUCCCGGAAAAUUAACUUUCAAUCAUCUGCGAGAAAAGUCUUCCUCGUCGUCUUUUACUAGUGUGUAUGAGAGAUAAGACGAUCCAACCAUCUCUCUUUCUUCCUUUUUCCUUUCCUCACUCUUUCAACUCCUCUUCCUCUUUGCAUCUCAAAAAAUCGACUUUUGUCCCUUUCCCAAAUCUAAUAAAAGAGCUUUCUGUAAUCAAUCUGAUAUAUAUAUGUAGAGCUGAGUCCUUUUUGUUCAUUGAUUGAUUGAUUGAUUGACUAUUUAAUCAAUAGUUUCCGAAUUAGGAAAUUUUAGGGAUUAGGUCUUUUUUUGGGUGUGGUUUGUGCUUAAUUUGGUAAGAAGAUGGCUAAGAUUCUAAGAAAGUUCUCAGCUUUACCAUCGCCGAUUCCUAAUGAAGAUGAUAGUGAUAGUUUUCAGAUUGAUUAUUCAUUUGCAGAGGAGUAUAAAGGUCCUCUUAUUGCUAAUCUUCCACGAGCUAAUCCCGUCCAAGUUGAUCAGAUCCCUACAGCUCUUCCCGUUUCGUUCUCUUCCUUGUCCAGUGGUGAUGUUUCUUACCCUGUGGUCCAGCCUCUCGUUAGGGAGGCUAAUAGAGUCACCAAGAAACCACCUGAGAAGAAGAAGAAUGUUUUGGUUGACUCUGCAGCUAGUCCUAGUUUAGUUUCCGGAUCAUCAGCAUCAGCAUCAUCAUCAUCUAAGAGGUUGGAGGUAGCAGUUGAUUCACCAUCAUCAUCAGGAGAAGUAAUAGAGGAGUCAGAGGGUGAUGAUUGUUCGGAUGAUGGACAAGGAAACCGUGUGAGAUUCGAUGUACCAAGUGAAGGUAAUGGAUGUGAUGAAAGCUUUUACAACUCUGAUGAGGAGAGUAUAGCUGCUGCUGCGACGCCUGUAGCUGAAAGGAAAGGUAAGAAAGGAUCUUGCUACCGAUGCUUGAUGGGAAACAGGUUUACUGAGAAGGAACUCUGCAUUGUCUGCUGCGCUAAGUACUGUUCAAACUGCGUGCGGAGAGCCAUGGGGGCGAUGCCUGAAGGAAGAAAGUGUCAGACUUGCAUCGGUUUCGGAAUAGCAGAGGACAACAGGAAGAGUCUUGGAAAGUGUUCGAGGAUGUUGAAGCGGGUUCUCACUGAUUCGGAGCUUAAGCAAGUCAUGCAGGCUGAGAUCUCCUGCAAGGUGAAUCAGCUGCCGUCAAGGCUGAUCGCUGUGAACGGGAAGGGUUUGGAUGAGGAAGAGCUUUACAUGUUGCAGACGUGUCCUAACCCGCCUAAAAAGCUGAAACCUGGUGAGUAUUGGUAUGAUAAGGUUGCUGGGUAUUGGGGAAAGGUGGGAGAGAAGCCUUGUCAGAUUAUAAGUCCUCACAUGAACAUAGGAGGGAACAUCAAGAAGGAAGCGAGUAAUGGUGAUAGUGGGAUUUUCAUUAAUAAUAGGGAGAUAACCAAGAGUGAGCUCACAAUGCUCAAGAUGGUUGGGGUGCAGUGUGAAGGGAAGCCUCAUUUUUGGGUUAAUUCAGAUGGAAGUUACCAGGAAGAAGGUCAGAACCGUAUCAUGGGGAACAUCUGGAGUAAGAAACGAGCUAGGAUUGCUUGUGUGGUGUUCUCUCUGCCAGCUCCACCAACUUCAUCUGCAGUAGAACCAAAUGAUGAACCUGUAUAUGAGCAUAAAAUGCUUAACAAGCUUCUUCUCAUUGGUGAAGAGAAAUGUGGUGCCACUACCAUUUACAAACAAGCAAGGUCUCUUUAUAAAGUCCCAUUCCCUGAAGACGAGCGUGAAAGAAUCAAAGUCAUAAUCCAAACAAACCUCUAUGGUUAUCUGGCCAUGGUUCUUGAGGCACACGAAGAAGAGAUGAACAAUACGGGAGGAGAUGAGAGCAGUGCUAAAACAGUUAGCACAAUCAGCCCGAGGCUAAAACAUUUUUCAGAUUGGCUUCUGAAAGAAAAGGAAGAAGGAAACCUGAAGAUAUUUCCAGCGUCAAGCCGGGAGAAUGCUCAAACCGUUGCAGAGCUCUGGAGAGUACCUGCCAUACAAGCCACGUACAAAAGACUCCGCGAUACGCUUCCCAGAAACGCUGUUUAUUUUCUUGGACGAAUUCUGGAGAUCUCGAGAGCAGAAUACAAUCCUUCUGAGAUGGACAUAUUGCAAGCGGAAGGAAUCUCGUCUAUAGAAGGCCUUUCUUGUGUGGAGUUCUCAUUCCCAUCAACAGCUCAAGAAGACUCUCUUGAGAUCGAUUAUCAACACGAUCCAGAAAUGAAGUACCAACUCAUCCGGUUAAAACCAAGAUGCCUACGAGAAAACUGGAAAUUGCUGGAAAUGUUCGAAGACGCCGACUUGGUGAUAUUCUGCGUCUCACUAACAGAUUAUGGAGAGUACAUUGAAGAUGCUGACGGUGUCCUUGUGAACAAGAUGAUUGCAAACAAACAGCUCUUCGAGAGCAUGGUGAAUCACCCGAUCCUAGCUGGCAAAAGGUUCCUCCUGGUCCUAACCAAAUUCGAUCUCCUAGAAGAGAAAAUCGAGGAGGUUCCUUUGAGAACCUGUGAGUGGUUCGAAGACUUCAACCCGUUGAUCAGCCAGAACCAGACGAGCAGACACAACCCUCCGAUGGCUCAGCGUGCUUUCCAUUACAUAGGGUAUCAGUUCAAGAGACUGUAUGAUUCACUCGUGGAACCCUUUUCGAUGCGUGGUGGUGGUAGGUCUUUUAGGCCGAAGCUGUUUGUUUCUCAAGUGAGCUUGGAGAGUGAUACUGUGGAUAAUGCACUUAGGUAUGCGAGAGAGAUUCUCAAGUGGCAUGUUGAAGAAACUUCCAUGUUCCAAGAGAUGUCCACUACUAGUAUCGAGGCCAGCUUAUCCUCUUGAUUCUUCCAAAUUUGAAAAUUCUUUUUCUUUUUUUUUUUCCUUUUUCUUAGAGUUUGUGGAUAACACAUGUAUUAUGUUUGUAUGAUGCGUCUGUGUACUGUGUGCAACAGUUAAAUCUUUAAAGAAAAAAUACAUGUGAUUUAAAGUGAUUACAGUUGGGA